AUGUGUCCGCUCAGACAUUUGUUAAGAUUGGAGGCGCAGGGUUGCGCCAAAGAUAGGCGUAGGCGCAGGGUUGCGCCAAGGAUAGGCGUAGGCGCAGGGUUGCGCGCUCUAUUCCUGAGUGGAGGACAAAGCCUCGUCGUAGGGAUUACAAUGAUGCAUUUUGAGGUAUUGGCUAAGACUGAUGGCCAGAAGGCUGAAUUAGAGAGAGUGGUGCGGGUCAAUCCUGUGAUUGUAGAGGAUAAGGGGCUCCUUGUGUGCUUACAGGAAAUGGGAGCAUGUCCAAAACUCUUGUUGUUCACCAUUCUUCCAAUCAUUUCAGCUUGUAAACCUUUGGCGGGGACUUAA